UUCAGCCAUCCUUUCUCCCCCAUUCUCACUACAACUUCAUGACAAGACUCCCUCACAGUAUUUUAUUCUAAGAAGACGCACAGGCUGUUUUAUCGAGUGUCAAGGUCUCAGAAGAAGAAAAAAAACAUCACCAGCUGCAGCCAUGAAUGGCACAGAAGGACCCAACUUUUAUGUCCCCAUGUCUAACAAGACUGGGUUGGUUCGCAGCCCAUUUGAGCACCCUCAGUACUACCUGGCUGAGCCCUGGAAGUACUCUCUUGUGGCUGCGUACAUGCUGUUCCUCAUCACCACUGCCUUCCCCAUCAACUUCCUCACUCUCCAUGUCACUGUCAAACACAAAAAGCUAAGGACCCCUUUGAACUACGUCCUGCUCAACCUGGCGGUGGCCGACCUCUUCAUGGUAAUCGGAGGAUUCACAGUCACCCUGUACACAGCCCUGCACGGAUACUUCAUCUUAGGGGUCACCGGCUGCAAUAUUGAAGGAUUCUUUGCCACCUUAGGAGGAGAGAUUGCUCUCUGGUCUUUGGUGGUUUUGGCUAUUGAGCGCUACGUUGUGGUCUGUAAGCCAAUGACUAACUUCCGCUUUGGGGAGAAACAUGCCAUUGCUGGGCUGGCAUUCACAUGGAUCAUGGCCCUGACCUGUGCUGCUCCCCCUCUAUUUGGAUGGUCUCGGUACAUCCCAGAGGGAAUGCAGUGUUCCUGUGGGAUUGACUACUACACUCCUAAGCCCGAGAUCAACAACACCUCAUUUGUCAUCUAUAUGUUCGUCCUCCAUUUCUGUAUCCCCCUCUUCAUCAUUUUCUUCUGCUACAGUCGCCUGCUCUGCACUGUGCGAGCGGCUGCAGCCCAGCAGCAGGAGUCUGAAACCACCCAGAGAGCGGAGAAAGAGGUGACACGUAUGGUUAUCGUUAUGGUGGUCUCCUUCCUGGUGUGCUGGGUGCCCUAUGCCACCGUGGCCUGGUACAUCUUUGUCAAUCAGGGAACUGAGUUCGGGCCGGUAUUCAUGACCGCUCCAGCCUUUUUCGCCAAGAGUGCUGCUCUGUACAACCCAGUCAUCUACAUUCUGCUAAACAAACAGUUCAGAAAUUGCAUGAUCACCACGGUGUGCUGUGGAAAAAACCCGUUUGGAGACGACGAGGCCGCCGCCGCCACCGUCUCCAAAACUCAGACUUCAUCCGUCUCCUCCAGCCAGGUGGCCCCCGCUUGACCUGUACCCCCUCGUCCCCCCUUCAAAGUCCCAUCUGUCCCUGCACACCUAGGGACCCACCACCGCCAAGCAGCACAACGUUCUAUUGGCCAAUCCUCUUGACUUACCUCUCCAUGUGUCUUCACUGCAGUGACACAACCGCACCUUUGCUGGGUCUGACAUACUGAAGAGCCAGCAUGCGUUUUUUCAAUCCAUUUCAUCAUGGAAAGUGUUCAGCUGGAGUUUAACCCGGCACCAAGGGGGUGUUGUCCAUGUGAUCCAACUGAACACAUUCCAAACUCCCCACUAUCCAAAAUACCCAAAACACAUAAUAGGUGAAACCUAAUUCAGCAAACCACACUACAUGAUUUCAUCCACGUCAGCUCUUUUUUAAGUAAUUGUUGCAGCUAUAUAUCCCCGAAACGCGCUUUGAACAAUCCAUUUAAUGAAUACUUAGGUGAAAUGAGACAUGAAUAUUAAUUAGAUAUAUCUCGGAUGAGUUUUUGAAGUAUCAGACGGGGCUGUCCUCUGGUCUCUCUGUCUCUCCUCUUGUCUUUAUGGUGACAAAGCUGAGGUUGUUAGUUUGCUUUUGGCAUAGACUGAGACAUGAGUGUAAACAGAUGGACCUGAAAAGGGCCUCUGCAGGGAUAAGGCGCCUCCUGCAAGAGAGUGGAUGUGUUUGUGUGUGUGUUUUUGUGUGUGUGUGUGUGUGUGUGUGUGUGUGUGUUUUUGUGUGUGUGUUUUUGUGUGUGUGUGUGUGUGUGUGUGUGUGUGUGUGUGUGUGUGUGUGUGUGUGUGUGUGUGUGUGUGUGUGUGUGUGUGUGUGUGUGUGUGUGUGGGAGGGGGGGUAGAUGUUUAUGUUAUGUUUGAAUGGAUGUCAGAAUGUCAGUGUGUGUAUUAAAGAGAUAUUAUUUUGUUAAUCGUGUAAAGGCUAGGAUGUUGUGGAAGUUGUUUUGUGUCCUGCAAUAAAAACAAAGCUAAAUGUC